AUGUCGCAUCAAUUCGAACCCCUUAAAAACGAUCUUCUGCUAAGGGCCGCUCGAGGCGAAAAGGUUGAACGCCCACCAAUAUGGGUUAUGCGGCAAGCCGGCCGCUACCUCCCUGAAUACCACCAAGUCAAGGGCCAACAUGACUUCUUCGAAUGUUGUCGCUCCCCCGAAAUCGCCUCGACCCUCACCUUACAACCCAUCGAGCGCUACGCAGGGCUCAUUGACGCUGCCAUAAUCUUCUCCGACAUCCUCGUCAUCCCCACAGGCCAUGGGCAUGACUGUCGAGAUGAUCGACAAGAAAGGCCCCAGCUUCCCCUCACCCCUAAAAUCUCCUGA